AUGCAAAACGUGGAGCUUUCUGCGGAUAACAACCCGUCCCCAACCGGAACGAGUGUGGUGCAGCCGGUUGCCACAUUUGUGCCUCACGAGGACUUUGACAUCACUAUUAUCUGGCAUAACAUAGACAGUCGCAGCAACUUUCAGAUGUUUCGCAAGGAGUCGAGAGGUCCUGUCGAACGUAUCUUGGCGGGUCUUGCAACAGUGCUACAGAGUGGGGUGAUUGAUGAAGUUAUCAGCGUGAACGCAAGCAAGCAUCUGUUCUGCAUAACGCUGGCCACUGAAAAGAACAAAGAGGAUGGGCUCAUGGAGCAGAUUUUUUCUAUUCAAUAG